CGACGACGUCCAUGGAGUCCAUCUUGCUGCUGCGCUUGCGCGUCCAGGGCGACGCCGUCGGCUACUGCCUCCCGACCGGCGACUUUCUCUUCGCCACAAUGGGCGCGCCGCGCUGGUUCUUUGAACCAACUUCCGAGCCAUCGCCGUACGACGGAUCGCUCUUGUACGGGCAGUCGAUCUACAACUUUGUGUCGCCGCUCGACCGGCAGCGCUUGCACCAGUACGUCUACGACGUCCAGGCGUCGCUCCUCGAGUCGCUCGAGGCCGCGGACCGCCGGUCGCGCACGGCGCCGCAUGCGAUCCCGCGCAACGAAGCCGCGCUCUGUCAGAAGGAGCCGCCGUUCCUAUGCACCAUCGACGGCACAUCGACGAUCUUGCGCAUCGAGGUGACCGCGACGCCGCUCACGUUUCGCCUCCAGCGCUGCAUUGACGCGAUCCAAGCGCUCUCCGAGCACACGCGCCGCUUCAGCGACGAGUCCGUCUUCAUCAUCGACGAGAACGAGUACCAGAGCAUCAUCGCCAACGACGCGUACUCGGUCGGCGCCGACGACGACGAGGCCCCUGCGCAUACCGACCACGAGAUGGACAGGGACCGCGACGCAGACGCGUCACUGGCUGAUUUCGCGUUCGACUUCCAGGCCGACUGGGCCGAGACGUCGCCAAUGCGGCUGCAGCUUGACCAGAUGCAGGACGAUGCGUCGAGUCGACUCAAGGUGUCGCCGCAUGCGACGAUGAGCCCGAUGGCCAUGCAUCAGUUCUAGAGCACUUGGAUUUUGCCCCACACGUUUUUAUUUAACCCUUUUCGCG